ACGGACUCCAGCUUUUGACAGCCUGUUAUCGCUGCAACACUGCACGUUGUACAGCUUACACGCUGAGAAAGUGUUGCACCAGCACGUAGCUGCUGCACUCAAGAACUGUGCAUUUGUGCGUGCUUGACGGGCACAAAACACUCACCUCGCCAAAGCACUGCACAGCACCGCUGUGCAACCGCUCGCGGAAGGCAAAAGGUCACCGCGUAGCGCUGGCGCUGCUCCGCCGCCUCGCGCGACGCAGCAUCAGCCUCAUGCCGAAACCCGCCCCGCCGACGCCGACGCCGCGGCACCGUUUACCUGACUGGGACGCGCUCGGCGUCAGGCAGGAGGAAGAACGACGACGCCACAAGGCCGCCGGCGACGCGGCGAAUGCCUCCGGUAGGUUAGCGAAGAAGGCGGCCUUAGAGCUGCAACUAGGAAGAACAAAUGACGCGAAGGCAUGUACAGAACAAGCUAGAAAAGCUCUAGACGGAGCUGGUGAAGACGGCUUCAACCAGGAGACGAAGCAGCGAGCUUACGCCUUGAAACCCAUCGCCGAGCAGAUCCAGACCGUGGAGUCGACGCUGCACUUUUUAGAGACCGGUCGAUUCCCGCCGCCGUCGGAAGGCCUCGACGACUCUGAGUACAUACAAGGCUUAUUGGGCGGUGCGGAGAAUCUCGCGAAGUACGCCGUCGGCCGCGCCACGGCCGGCGAUGCUUCCAGUAUUGCUGUGUGUCGAGAUGGCGUGAAGGCCUUGCAAGGUGCUUUGCUCGCGUUCGACUUCCGCAACGGGCCCCUACGAAGGAGGUUCGACGGUCUGAAAUAUCAGGUGAAACGGUUGGAAGACCUCCUGUACGAGCAGUCGUUGAUUGGUAAAACUAUCGAUAGUGUCACACAAGUCGACGAGGACGACCCCUGCCUGAAAGCACUGGCCGAGAUCAAGAUUAGGUUCGACGAGGCGGACCAAGCUAGGGAGAACGUCAUCAAGAAGUCGCGGGACGUCCAGAAGGCCUCGAAGCAGGCCAUCUUCGCGUGCCAUCGGGGGGAUGCCGCGAAAGCUGCGAAACUACUGGAAACCGCAAAGACCGCCGCCGAGGCCAUCCUUAAUGAUGAGACGUUGGUGAAGAAGUGGCCCGCGUUGCGUUUCGGUUCCUUAGCUGCCGCUCUCGAGGAGUACGCGGAAGCUGCAUUAUUUAUGAAGUGGCUCGAGGCGAAGAAAGACCCUUCGGCGCCCUUGGUUGCGUCGCAGCACGCGCUGGGCCUACCCUUGUCGGACGAAGAGUAUCUCGGUGGGGUGUGUGACUUGACGGGCGAGGUCGGCCGCGUCGCGGUCGCCGCGGCGACGGCUCGCGACCUUGGCACGGUGCGGCGCGUCUUCGAGACGGACGUGGCCGUCAUGGAGGCCGUCUCGGGUUUGAACUUGCCUCCCAAAUUAGCGAAGAAGAUCGGCCCCUUGGAAAUGUGCGUGCGCAAGGUCGAGCACCUGCUCUACGAGCUCGCGCUGGCGGCGGCGAAUCCCCUGGCCGCGAAGCGCGCGGCGUCGUCGGCCGGCGAGGAGGAGCCCGCGGCGAAGAAGGCGCGGGACGACGAGGAGUAGAAGUGACUAAGUAGUUAGUGUGGCUAC